AAGAUGGUGGUACAGUUCAAGGUGUUCAAAAAACCGGCGCCCAACGGCAAAUUGACCAUCUACCUUGGCCGCAGAGACUUCGUCGAUCAUGUCUCCGCUGUCGACCCCGUUGAUGGCGUGCUGGUGGUGGACACCGCCUACCUGCAGGGCCGCAAGGUAUACGGCCAGCUGGUGUGUAGCUUCAGGUACGGCCGGGAGGAAGACGAAGUCAUGGGCCUCAACUUUCAGAAAGACCUCUACCUCGCCUCCGAACAGAUUUACCCUCCGAAGGCUGUUGAACCCACCAAGCUGCAAGAACGGCUCAUGAAGAAGCUUGGCGCCAACUCCUACCCGUUCACGUUCAAGAUGCCGGAGAACGCCCCGCCCUCCGUCACCAUCCAGCCAGGGCAGGACGACGAGGGCCGCCCCUGUGGUGUUGAGUACUACAUCAAGGUUUUCGUGGGAGACACCGAGGAAGACCGCAGCCACAAGCGGUCCACCAUUCAACUCAACAUCCGACGCAUCCAGUUCGCCCCCAGCAAGAGCGGAAGGCAGCCCUGUACCAUCGUCAGGAAGGACUUCUUAAUGAGCCCUGGAGAGCUGGAGCUGGAGGUGACGCUCGACAAGCAGCUCUAUUACCACAACGAUAAAAUUGCAGUUAAUAUAAUAGUGAAGAAUCACAGCAACAAGACAGUGAAGAAGAUCAAGGCCGCUGUCCAGCAGUCUGUCGACAUCUGUCUCUUCUCCGGCGGCCAGUACCGCAGCACCGUCGCCAGCAUGGAGACCAACGAGGGGUGCCCCGUGAACUCUGGCUCGUCCCUGCAGAAGGUGCUCUACCUGACGCCCACACUCAGCAACAAUAUGGACCGUAGAGGCGUCGCCCUCGACGGCCACCUCAAGAACAUCCACACCAACCUCGCCUCCUCCACGCUGCUAGCCAACCCUGAGUCCCGGGACAUGUUUGGUAUGGUCAUAUCUUACAUUGUGAAGGUCAAGUUAUACCUGGGAGCCAUGGGAGGCGAGGUCACUGCUGAGCUUCCAUUCGUGCUCAUGCACCCCAAGCCUGACCUCCGCCGGAUGAUGCGGGCCGACAGUCAGGCCCAGGUGGAGGCCUUCCGCUCAGAGAGCAUGGGUCAGUCCGUUGACAUGGACUAGUGUCAUACGUCAUUAG